GUACUCCUGAAGUGUGGUAUGUGUACGGCUGGAGUUGGUCCAACUGGGCUGGUACACAUAUUUAGUUAGCUAACCUGCAUCUGUAAUAGCAAGCAUGGCCUUACAAUGAGAGAUACCCUGCAGAAGCCGAAUAGCCGCUAGAGUGCCAGCAUAUUUCUAUGUAAACACGGUUAAAGUAAGGCCAUUCCAAUGGUGAUCAUGUCAGGCACAGCUACUGUGCUGCAGCAGUUUGUCAGUGGGCUCAAGAGUCGAAAUGAAGACACCAGAGCGAAAUCUGCUAAAGACCUGCAGCACUAUGUGACCACAGAACUCAGAGAGUUAAGCCAAGAUGAAGCCACUACAUUCUAUGAUGAAUUAAACCACCACAUAUUUGAGCUGGUAUCCAGCUCUGAUGUGAAUGAGAAGAAGGGAGGAAUUCUUGCCAUUGUGAGUCUAAUUGGAGUUGAGGGAGGCAAUGCUACCAGGAUCAGCCGUUUUGCGAACUAUCUCCGCAACCUGCUACCUUCCAGUGACCCUGUGGUUAUGGAGAUGGCUUCCAAAGCCAUGGGCCAUCUGUCUAUGGCAGGGGACACCUUUACUGCUGAGUAUGUGGAGUUUGAGGUGAAGAGGGCCCUGGAAUGGCUGGGAGCAGACCGGAAUGAAGGCCGACGCCAUGCUGCAGUACUAGUGUUGAGAGAGCUGGCUGUGAGUGCACCCACCUUCUUCUUUCAACAAGUGCAGCCCUUCUUUGAUAACAUCUUUUAUGCGGUAUGGGACCCCAAGCAGGCCAUUCGAGAAGGUGCUGUCUCUGCCUUGCGAGCCUGCCUUAUUCUCACCACACAGAGGGAGACCAAGGAAAUGCAAAAACCUCAGUGGUACAAACAAACAUUUGAGGAGGCAGAGAAAGGUUUUGAUGAGACUUUGGCCAAAGAGAAAGGCAUGAAUCGUGAUGACAGGGUCCAUGGUGCCCUUCUGAUCCUUAAUGAGCUGGUUCGCAUCAGUAGCAUGGAAGGAGAGCGCAUGCGUGAAGAGAUGGAGGAGAUCACUCAGCAGCAACUGGUCCAUGAUAAGUACUGCAAAGAACUAAUGGGAUUUGGAACCAAGCCCCGCCACAUCACACCCUUUACUAGCUUUCAGUCAGUCCAGCCGCAGCAGUCUAAUGCCCUCCUCGGCCUGUUGGGCUACAGCACACCUCAGGGCUUCCUCAGCUUUGGAGCCACUCCGGUACCUGCCAAGAGCUCACUGGUGGAAAGCCGAUACUGCCGUGAGCUGAUGGAGGAACGAUUCGACCAGGUGUGUCGUUGGGUGCUAAAAUAUAAGACCAGUAAAAACCCUCUCAUUCAGAUGACCAUUCUUAACCUGCUUCCACGCCUUGCUGCUUUCCAGCCAAAUACCUUUACCGACCAGUACCUGUCAGAUACUAUGGGCUACCUGUUGGGCUGUUUGAAGAAGGAAAAGGAGAGGACAGCAGCUUUCCAGGCUCUUGGGCUGCUCGUAGUGGCAGUAAGGACAGAAAUUCAGCCGUACCUCUCAAAGAUUCUGGAGAUCAUAAAGGCUGCACUGCCACCCAAGGACUUUGCACACAAGAGGCAAAAGACCAUGCAAGUAGAUGCCACAGUGUUUACUUGUAUCAGCAUGCUUUCCAGAGCCAUGGGCCCCAGCAUCCAACCUGACAUCAAGGAGCUGCUAGAACCUAUGCUGGCAGUGGGCCUCAGUCCUGCAUUGACGGCAGUACUGUAUGACUUAAGUCGCCAAAUCCCGCAGUUGAAGAAGGAUAUCCAGGAUGGUCUUCUGAAGAUGCUCUCCCUAGUGUUGAUGCACAAGCCGUUGCGUCAUCCUGGCAUGCCCAAAGGCUUGGCCCACCAGCUGGCAUCACCAAGUCUCACAAACAUUCCAGAGGCAAGUGAUGUUGGCAGCAUUACCCUAGCCCUACGCACGCUGGGAAGCUUUGAAUUUGAAGGACACUCCCUCACUCAGUUUGUACGCCACUGUGCUGAUCACUUCUUAAACAGUGAGCACAAGGAGAUCCGGAUGGAGGCAGCUCGGACCUGUUCACGCCUUCUCACUCCCUCCAUCCACCUAAUCAGUGGCCAUGUUGUCAGCCAGACUGCUGUGCAGGUUGUGGCAGACGUGCUCAGCAAGUUGCUAGUUGUUGGAAUCACUGACCCAGAUCCGGAUAUUCGAUACUGUGUAUUGGCAUCUCUUGAUGAGCGUUUUGACGCUCAUCUCGCCCAGGCCGAGAACUUGCAAGCAUUGUUUGUUGCACUGAAUGACGAGGUGUUUGAAAUCAGAGAGUUGGCUAUCUGCACAAUUGGACGCCUCAGCAGCAUGAACCCUGCCUUUGUUAUGCCCUUCCUCCGCAAGAUGCUCAUUCAGAUCUUAACAGAGUUGGAGCACAGUGGAGUUGGAAGAAACAAAGAGCAAAGUGCCCGCAUGCUUGGUCACCUAGUCUCCAAUGCCCCUCGCCUCAUACGGCCAUAUAUGGAGCCCAUCCUCAAGGCACUCAUUCUCAAACUUAAAGACCCAGACCCCAACCCUGGAGUGGUCAUCAGUGUCCUUGCAACUAUUGGCGAGUUGGCUCAGGUGAGCGGCCUGGAGAUGAGGAAGUGGAUGGACGAGCUUUUUCCAAUUAUCAUGGAUAUGCUACAGGACUCCUCUUCAUUAGCUAAGCGACAGGUGGCACUGUGGACUCUGGGCCAGCAGGUGGCUAGUACAGGCUAUGUGGUGGAGCCAUACCGCAAGUAUCCUUCCCUUCUAGAGGUGCUGCUCAACUUCCUCAAGACAGAACAAAACCAAGGCAUUAGAAGGGAGGCUAUUCGUGUUUUGGGCCUUCUGGGAGCGCUGGACCCAUAUAAGCACAAGGUGAACAUUGGGAUGAUUGACCAGUCAAGAGAUGCCUCUGCUGUUAGUCUCUCUGAGUCUAAAUCCAGUCAGGAUUCAGCGGACUAUAGCACCAGUGAGAUGCUAGUGAACAUGGGCAACCUUCCCCUGGAUGAGUUUUAUCCUGCUGUGGCAAUUGUGACUCUGAUGCGCAUUCUGAGAGACCCCUCACUCUCCAACCACCAUACUAUGGUGGUUCAGGCGGUCACCUUUAUUUUUAAGUCUCUGGGGCUCAAGUGUGUGCAGUUUCUGCCCCAGGUCAUGCCCACCUUCCUUAAUGUCAUCCGGGUCUGUGAUGCCAGUAUCCGAGAGUUCCUAUUUCAGCAGAUGGGAAUGGUGGUGUGCUUUGUUAAGAUCCACAUCCGCCCCUAUAUGGACGACAUCUUCACCCUCAUUAGAGAGUACUGGACACCAAACAACCCGAUGCAGAACACCAUCAUCCUUCUGAUCGAGCAGAUUGUGGUGGCCCUGGGGGGAGAGUUCAAACUCUACCUGCCCCAGCUCAUCCCGCACAUGUUGCGUGUCUUCAUGCACGACAACAGCACUGGGCGCAGUGUUACCGUCAAGCUGCUGAACGCCAUCCAACUGUUUGGUGCCAACUUAGAUGACUACCUCCACUUGCUGCUGCCUCCCAUUGUCAAGCUGUUCGACGCCCCUGACGUGCCCCUCCAGGCCCGCAAGGUUGCUUUGGAGACUUUGGACCGGUUAACAGAGUCUCUGGACUUCACUGAUUAUGCUUCACGCAUUAUUCACCCUAUUGUUCGGACACUUGAUACUACACCUGAGCUGCGCUCUACUUCUAUGGACACCCUGUCCUCACUGGUGUUCCAGUUGGGCAAGAAGUAUCAGAUCUUCAUUCCCAUGGUAAACAAAGUGAUGCUCAAGCACAGGAUCAACCACCAGCGUUAUGACAUUCUCAUAUGUCGUAUUGUUAAGGGCUACACUCUGGCAGAGGAGGAAGAGGAUCCUCUAAUCUUCCAACAUCGUCACCUUCGCGGUAACCAAGGUGAUGCUCUGGUCAGCGGGCCGGUGGAGCCAGGGCCUAUGAAGAAGCUUCAUGUCAGCACUACAGCACUGCAGAAGGCUUGGGGUGCUGCCAGGAAGGUGUCCAAAGAUGACUGGCUUGAGUGGCUGAGGCGUUUGAGUGUUGUCCUACUUAAGGAAUCCUCCUCACCAGCCCUGAGAUCGUGCUGGUCAUUGGCUCAAACCUACAUCCCUCUUGCUAGAGAUCUGUUCAACGCAGCUUUCCUGUCUUGUUGGUCUGAGCUAAGUGAGGACCAGCAGGAUGAACUCAUUCGCAGCAUCGAGUUAGCUCUCACCUCCCAGGACAUUGCUGAGGUCACACAAACUCUGCUCAACCUGGCAGAGUUCAUGGAGCAUAGUGACAAGGGCCCUCUGCCACUGAGAGACGAUAAUGGUAUUGUGCUGCUGGGUGAGAGAGCUGCCAAGUGUCGCGCUUAUGCCAAGGCUCUGCAUUACAAAGAGCUGGAGUUUCAGAAGGGCCCUUCUCCUCUUAUCCUGGAGUCUCUUAUAAGCAUCAACAACAAACUGCAGCAGCCAGAAGCUGCAUCUGGAGUGCUGGAGUAUGCCAUGAAACAUUUUGGUGAACUGGAAAUCCAAGCUACCUGGUAUGAGAAGCUGCACGAGUGGGAGGACGCCCUGGUGGCGUACGACAAGAAGAUUGACAUGAACAAAGAGGAUCCAGAGCUCAUCCUGGGCAGAAUGCGCUGUUUAGAGGCCCUAGGGGAAUGGGGACAGUUGCACCAGCAGUGCUGUGAGGAGUGGACUCUGGUGAGUGAGGAAACGCAGGCCAAGAUGGCUCGCAUGGCAGCAGCCGCCGCCUGGGGUUUAGGACACUGGGACAGCAUGGAGGAGUACACAUGCAUGAUCCCCAGAGACACUCAUGAUGGAGCUUUUUACAGAGCUGUGCUAGCUCUGCAUCAGGACCUCUUCUCAUUGGCCCAGCAGUGUAUUGACAAAGCCCGAGACCUCCUGGAUGCUGAGCUGACGGCCAUGGCUGGAGAGAGCUAUAGCCGAGCCUACGGGGCCAUGGUAUCGUGCCAGAUGCUGUCAGAACUGGAGGAGGUCAUCCAGUACAAGCUUGUGCCUGAGAGAAGGGACAUCAUCAGGGAAACAUGGUGGGAGAGGCUUCAGGGUUGUCAACGUAUUGUAGAGGACUGGCAGAGGAUCCUGAUGGUCCGGUCGUUGGUCAUCAGCCCCCACGAGGACAUGAGGACUUGGUUGAAGUACGCUAGCCUGUGUGGCAAGAGCGGACGCCUGGCGCUGGCCCAUAAAACACUGGUGCUUCUGCUCGGUGUCGACCCCUCCAAGCAGCUCGACCACCCGCUGCCCACGGCUCACCCACACGUCACCUAUGCCUAUAUGAAGUAUAUGUGGAAGAGUACCCGCAAGAUCGAUGCCUUCCAACACAUGCAGCAUUUUGUGCAAGGAAUGCAGCAGCAAGCGCAGCACGCCAUCGCAGCCGAGGACCAGCAGCACAAGCAGGAGCUCCACAAACUCAUGGCCAGGUGCUUCUUAAAGCUGGGAGAGUGGCAGCUCAGUCUGCAAGGCAUCAACGAGAGCACCAUCCCCAAGGUGCUGCAGUACUACAGCCAUUCCACUGAGCAUGACCGCAACUGGUACAAGGCCUGGCACGCCUGGGCGGUGAUGAACUUUGAGGCCGUGCUUCACUACAAGCACCAAAACCAGGGACGCGAUGAGAAGAAGAAGCUGCGACAUGCCAGUGGCGCCAGUGCUAACAGUGAAGCCAGCAACAGUGACAGUGAGGUCGACAGCACCGACCACAGCCCGGUGCCAUCGCCGGGCCAGAAGAAGGUCAACGAGGACCUUUCAAAGACCUUGCUGUUGUACACAGUUCCUGCGGUUCAAGGUUUCUUCCGCUCCAUUUCUCUGUCAAGAGGCAAUAACCUGCAGGACACACUCAGGGUUCUAACUCUGUGGUUUGACUAUGGACAUUGGCCUGAAGUGAAUGAAGCAUUGGUAGAGGGUAUCAAGACUAUUCAGAUUGACACCUGGCUGCAGGUGAUCCCUCAACUCAUAGCUCGAAUCGAUACGCCCCGGGCCCUGGUGGGGCGCCUCAUCCACCAGCUGCUAACUGACAUUGGGCGGUAUCAUCCUCAGGCUUUGAUCUACCCACUGACUGUGGCGUCCAAGUCAACCACUACAGCCCGCCACAACGCUGCCAACAAGAUUCUGAAGAACAUGUGUGAACACUGCAACACUUUGGUUCAGCAAGCCAUGAUGGUGAGUGAAGAGCUCAUCCGAGUGGCCAUUUUGUGGCAUGAGAUGUGGCACGAAGGCCUUGAAGAGGCCUCACGUCUCUAUUUUGGUGAGCGCAACGUUAAGGGCAUGUUUGCUGUGCUGGAGCCGCUGCAUGCCAUGAUGGAGCGGGGACCUCAGACUCUUAAGGAGACCUCUUUUAACCAGGCUUAUGGCAGGGACCUGAUGGAGGCUCAGGACUGGUGCAGGAAGUACAUGCGCUCUGGUAACGUCAAAGACCUGACUCAGGCCUGGGACCUCUACUACCACGUGUUCAGACGCAUCUCCAAACAACUGCCACAGCUGACCUCCCUGGAGCUGCAAUAUGUGUCUCCAAAGCUGCUGAUGUGCCGGGACCUGGAACUGGCCGUACCGGGCACCUAUGACCCCAACCAGCCUAUCAUCCGCAUCCAGUCCAUCGCCCCCUCCCUGCAGGUCAUCACCUCCAAGCAGCGCCCACGCAAGCUCACUAUCAUGGGCAGUAACGGCCACGAGUUCAUGUUCCUGUUGAAGGGCCAUGAGGACCUGAGGCAGGAUGAGCGAGUCAUGCAGCUGUUUGGUCUGGUCAACACUCUGCUGGCAAAUGACCCCGCGUCCUUACGCAAAAACCUCAGCAUUCAGCGCUACGCUGUGAUCCCGCUGUCCACCAACUCGGGCCUUAUUGGCUGGGUUCCCCACUGCGACACCCUGCAUGCCCUCAUCAGAGACUACAGAGAGAAGAAGAAGAUUCUGCUCAACAUCGAACAUCGCAUCAUGCUUAGGAUGGCGCCAGACUACGACCACCUGACGCUGAUGGAGAAGGUGGAGGUGUUUGAGCAUGCCGUCAACAACACUGCUGGAGAUGACCUGGCCAAGCUCUUGUGGCUGAAGAGCCCCAGCUCCGAGGUGUGGUUUGACAGGAGGACCAAUUACACACGCUCUCUGGCUGUGAUGUCAAUGGUCGGCUACAUCCUGGGGUUGGGCGACAGACAUCCGUCUAAUUUGAUGUUGGACCGGUUAAGUGGCAAAAUCCUCCACAUUGAUUUUGGAGACUGUUUUGAGGUUGCCAUGACUAGAGAGAAAUUCCCUGAAAAGAUCCCGUUCCGACUAACGAGGAUGUUGACAAAUGCCAUGGAGGUUACUGGGCUGGACGGGAACUACCGCAUCACCUGCCACACGGUGAUGGAGGUGCUGAGGGAGCACAGGGACAGCGUCAUGGCGGUGCUGGAAGCCUUCGUCUACGACCCGCUGCUCAACUGGAGGCUCAUGGACACCAACACCAAAGGCAACAAGCGUUCCCGCACCAGGACCGACUCCUACACCGCUGGACAGUCAGUGGAGGCCCUCGAGGGAAUAGAUCUGGGAGAGACCACGCACAAGAAGCCAGGGACCACCGUGCCCGAGUCCAUUCACUCCUUCAUUGGAGACGGUUUGGUUCAACCUGAGGCACUCAACAAGAAAGCCAUUCAGAUCAUCAACAGAGUGAGAGACAAACUUACAGGUCGCGACUUUUCCCACGACGAGACGCUGGACGUGCCGACGCAAGUGGAGCUGCUCAUCAAACAAGCCACGUCGCACGAAAACCUGUGCCAGUGCUACAUCGGCUGGUGUCCAUUUUGGUAAAGAGCUGUCGUUGGCAACCAGAAUCACACUUGACCUUUCUCACCGGUAAUCCACGAAGCGCUUAACAGAAAUAGGCAUCCAAUGAGAACGUCUAACGGAGCCUCGGCGCCGGCUCCUUCAGAUGGAUUUUUCUGCCGUCACAGAUUUGUAUAAUUAGUUUGAUGUUGAAUGUACACUGAAGCCUCUGUUUUUACCUGACGAUAAUCUGCUCUUUAAAUGUUUUUUUUUGGCUUUUAUCUCCAUAAUCGCUUGCUAAAAGCUUUCUACUGUGGCCAUAUUGUGAUGACACGCCCCACUAGUCUGUUGCAUCAUCGUGUAGUGAUGUAAGAUGCUUUUUACUAACUUAAAGGUGAAUGAAAUACAAAUUGAAAGCAAACUGUGAUGAGGGGCAAUCGUGAUGUACUGUUUAGGCAUUUGUGUGCCAAUAAAACCUGUACAGAUA